AUGAAGCCUUCCUACAUUAAUCCAUGUGGUAAAGAUCUUAAAGAUUCAAACUACAACCAGUGUAUUAAAAGCAACAUUGACUCUGUAAAAGAUAAGAUCUGCACAGGGAUGCCAGAACUGAACAUUCUACCAUUAGAGCCAUUAAUUAUAGACAAAAACCAUAUUAGUCUUGAUUUUAAUCUCAAGCAUCUUCAAUUGAAUGGUUCAUAUGAUUUUAAUGCACGACUACUGACGCAAAUUGUUUACAAUGGAUUAAUUCAAAUUACAAUAGAUAACCUAGCUGUAAAAGUAGAAUUAAAUUUGAAAACGAUAACUAAGAACGGCAACAAAUAUUCAUAUGUAUCAAAAAUAAACUUCAAUCUCGACAUCAAGGACUUUGACUUCAAAAUUGAUGAGAGCAGGAAGGAACUAGCUGAUUUAUAUAAAAUAAUAAAGGAUAUCAUAGAUACCAAUAAAAAGGACAUUGUGAAACGAGUUAAAUCGCCUAUAGAAAAAGAGGUCUCCGAACGUAUAAUUUCAAUUUUGAAUGAUGUAUUUCGACGUACCAAUUAUGAAGAGCUAUUUCCCGAAAAAACAAGAAUUGUCUAG